AGCGACGAAAACAGAAGUCGACGUGCGCCUCGUGUCAUCCGCUCGUAAGCAGUUAACGUGACAGUGGGUUCUUGCUGUUGAAUCAGACGACUUUAAAAAGUUUCAAAUCACCUAGAGGUAGAAGAGAAGAAGCAGCUGCCAUUUGUCGUAACGCCAAGAUGGAUGUCACAGAGGAGAAGUUUGAGGCUAAUAUGAAUAGCAUGGAGAUAAUGACUGUGAGAAUAAAAGAAGAGGACUGUGAAUGGGAGUCUGUCAACCUCGAGCAAGAGAGUCUCGGCAUUAAGGGUGAGGAUUAUGAACUGGUGACUGUGGGUAUUAAAGAAGAUGCUGAGGAGAUGGCCGACAACUUCAACAUGCGGUCUGAAGCAUUGCAGUCCGACACAAAGAGGAAUGAUGGAAUGUCAUCAGUUAGAAGUCUGGAAAAUCGACCGUCAUCAUCCGGAGACAAACCUCACUGCUGUUCUGAAUGUGGCAAACGUUUCUCAAAACUCUCCAAUCUUCACACCCACACAAGAAUUCACACCGGAGAGAAACCAUACUGCUGUUCUGAGUGUGGGAAACAAUUCACACGAUUAGCCAGUCUUCAGAUCCAUUCAAGAAUUCACACCGGAGAGAAGGUAUAUUGCUGCUCAGAAUGUGGCAAAUGGUUUCAACAUGAGUGCAGUCUAAGGAGGCACAAAAUAAUUCACACAGGAGAAAAGCCAUACAGUUGUUCUGAAUGUGGCAAACGAUUCUGGCACAGAAAUACUCUUCAUGGACACACUAAAAUUCACACUGGAGAGAAACCGUAUAGCUGUUCUGAAUGUGGCAAGCGAUUCUUACGGAUCAACAGUCUUCAGACCCACACAAGAAUUCACACUGGAGAGAAGCCGUAUUGCUGUUCCGAAUGUGGGAAACGAUUCACACGAAUCACCGGUCUUCAGACCCACACAAGGAUUCACACCGGAGAGAAGCCAUACUGUUGUUCAGAAUGCGGCAAGCAGUUUUCUGAAAGGAGCACUUUUCAGAAGCACAAAAAAAUUCACACAGGAGAGAAACCAUACUUUUGUUCUGAAUGUGGAAAACAGUUUUCACACAAGUCCAGUCUGAGAAGGCACAAAAGAAUUCAUACAGGAGAAAAGCCUUACUGCUGUUCAGAAUGUGGCAAACGGUUUUCACACAAGUGUUAUCUUCAGACUCACGAAAGAACUCACAUGAGAGAGAAGCCAUAUUGCUGUUCUGAAUGUGGAAAACGAUAUUCAGUGAAGAAGAGUCUUUUGGCACACAUCAGUACUCAUUCCGUUGAUAAUGAGCACACCAAGUAAAUUUGGAGAAGUUAACCCAGAGAGAGGCCAUUCCGAGUGUGGAAUUGACUCUCACAAAAGAGCCAUCUUCGAGAGCCACAGAGGAAUUCACAGUGUAGCCCCAACAACAACGAACAGAGAACAGCACACAAGCGUACUGUGAUCAAGAAAAGGAGAGGACUCGACACGGUCUAGUGAUUAGUUGAAGAGUUCGAGGAGUUUGUUUACUGUUACUUUUAUGCACCAAAUCAAGAAUUUCCACUUAAAGGAUACACCAGGACGGCAAGCAGGAAACUAUCAUCCAGACCAGGAGUCUUUACAUCCAAAUUAAGUAAGAUAACUGACGCAGCCUUAAGAGCUCUGUUUGAAAUAAUUGACAGAAAGAAAGCAAAUGAGACAAAAGAAAUUAGAGAGAACAGCAAAAAAUAAUACAGAGGAGGAAAAAAGCAUAGUUUCUAUCAACAGUAAUGUAUCAUAUGUCGUUUGUAACAACUGAACCAUCCAAAAGCAACCUCCGAAUUGCUGUGAGCUGAGAGAUCCUCAACCCCAACACACACAACCACUGGUUCCAGAGGGCAGUUCUGAUAUGGGCGCCUACCAUCUAUUCAGUGUGGUAUGACGGCAUGUCAACAUACGUUAGAAUUUACAAACAUCUACACUAACGUAACAUCAUUUACCUUGGAACCGAAUGGGAAAUAGAAGGGGGUCAUAUGGAUCAGAAGACCAGCUAUUGUUGAAAGAGGUUAUCAUGGGGCUGCAAACAAAAGCAGAAAUCAUAAUGUGGCUUGGAUUCAUUCUGAUCCUCAAAUGCUUGGAAGUGUAUAACAUGUAUCUGUUCUGAUCAAGUUCACCACUACUGUGAGACACUCUCAAACAGCUUUACUUUGACAAAGGCACUUGGAAUUAUCAUCUGUCAAGAGUUACAAGUCUUCUUGAAAUGUGCAUUUUAACUCCACUCUUGUUGUGUAUGGGAUUAAACCCACUUGGCAUACCCCCCUCAGAAACCUCUGUCAUGGCGUCAACAUCCACCCUUCAUAUCAACUGAACUCUCAAAUAUUCAGUCACCUGUUAUUAGAGAAUGACCUAAGACUCUGCAGCUCCAGCAACCAGCUCCCAGGAGAGCAGCUCUGCUUGGUGAAAGAAUUAGUGAAUGGCACCCAAAUGACAUUUAGGUUUAAAGUGUGCAGAAGUAACUUUCAUUAAUUAAAAAAUUAUAAUAAUAACCUCCACAGAACAAAAUCAAACCAUCAGAGAAUUGGACCCUGAACAAACUUUUAAAUACUUGGAGACUAAUGCAGGUGUAGAUCUACACUAGAAGACAAAAUGUGUGGCUUUUGGCAGAGAAUGCAGCUGUUGAACAAAAGAACAGCCGGUAACCUACUAGCAAUCCCCGUCUUGACUCUUCUGUUUUGUGACAAAUUUGGAAUUCCAAAGCUGUCUCCAUUAACUGGACACUAAACUAGGAAAAUCGACUUAUGAUUCAGCGAGUUCCACAAGAGCUGUCUGGCUGUGUAGCCCAGUAUCAUACUGGUAUUGGCUAGCAAAUGUGCGGUAACGUACAGCUCUUCAUAGCAAUCCUCUCCUCUACUGAUUUUGCCUUUUAAUUCCUACUCACAAAGCUGGCAGCAUAGGAUGUGGUUUUCAUGAUAAGAGACCCGCUUGCUGGAGUCGACUUUAAAGUUUAUGGAAUAUGCCGCUAGCGGCACAGUGGCGCAGUGGUAGCGCUGCUGCUGCCUCACAGUUAGGAGAACCGGGUUCACUUCCCGGGUCCUCCCUGCGUGGAGUUUGCAUGUUCUCCCCGUGUCUGCGUGGGUUUCUUCCUACAGUCCAAAGACAUGCAGGUUAGGUGGACUGGCGAUUCUAAAUUGGCCCUAGUGUGUGCUUGGUGUGUGGGUGUGUGUGCCCUGCGGUGAGCUGGCGCCCUGCCCGGGGUUUGUUUCCUGCCUUGCGUCCUGUGUUGGCUGGGAUUGGCUCCUGCAGACCCCUGUGACCCUGUAGUUAUGAUAUAGCGGGUUGGAUAAUGGAUGGAUGGAUGGAAUAUGCAGCCACCACAGGUGGUCUGAUUAACAUUCAGAAAGAGAGGAUGUGCAUUGUAAUUGUUUAGUUUUUUUUAUUAUUGAUUAUUUAAUAUUAGGUGUAUAAAGUAUGGGCGGCACGGUGGCGCCGUGGUAGCGCUGCUGCCUCGCAGUUAGGAGACCUGGGUUCGCUUCCCGGGUCCUCCCUGCGUGGAGUUUGCAUGUUCUCCCCGUGUCUGCGUGGGUUUCCUCCGGGCGCUCCGGUUUCCUCCCACAGUCCAAAGACAUGCAGGUUAGGUGGAUUGGCGAUUCUAAAUUGUCCUUAGUGUGUGCUUGGUGUGUGGUUGUGUUUGUGUGUGUCCUGCGGUGGGUUGGCACCCUGCCCGUGAUUGGUUCCUGCCUUGUGCCCUGUAUUGGCUGGGAUUGGCUCCAGCAGACCCCCGUGACCCUGUGUUCGGAUUCAGUGGGUUGGAAAAUGGAUGGAUGGAUGUAUAAAGUAUGACGAGAUGAACUGUGAUGGUGUGCGUGGUUUCCUUUGACAAAACAGAAAAGCAAGCAAAUGUUUAACAGUAAUUAAAAUAAUAAAGAACCUCCAUCAUAUAUACGAUAUGACAGUAAUAUACAGUAAACUGCCAUCUUCCUCUUCAGUUUGCCCACUUCUGUGUGGGGUUGAAGUGCUUGAUGACCCUUCCCCAAGCAGCUCAGUCCUGCAACUCCUCACCAGUCAAGACCUUUUCCUUCAGGUCUUCAUUGAAUUUAUCGAUCCACUUCUGCUUUGGUCUCCCUCACUUUCUUUUGUCCUGGCCUUCCAUUCCCAUCACUCUUUUGCCCACAUAUUCCUUGUUGGGCCUCAUCUCAUCAUCCAUAAUAGUCACACCUACAUUCUUGUUCUUUCUUAGCUAUCUCUUCCACUUUUAUUGUACCUCUGAUUUUCUCAUUUCAUGUUCUGUUCUCUUUUUAGAUUUCUGAAGGUGUGCUGUGGUAUUUGGCACAGAGUCAUUAACAGCAGAUCCUGUAAGUUACAAAGUUGGGCCUCCAUGGGACAGACUUGUUUUUGCAGCCCAUCCCAGAGAUGCUCAAUUAAAUUGAGAUCUGGAGAAUUUGGAGGCCAAGUCUACACCUUAAACUCUUUGUCCCGGUCAUCAAACCAUUCCUGAACAAUUUUUGCAGUGCGGCACGGUGCAUUAUAUUGCCUGCCAUCAGAGAUUGCCAUGAAGGGGUGUACAUGGUCUGCAAUGUUCUUUAGGUAGGCCACAGGUAGGUGGUACUUGUCAAAGUAACAUUCACAUGAAGGCCGGGACCCAAGGUUUCCCGGUAGAACAUUGCCCAUAGCAUCAUAUUUCCUCCACCGACUUGACUUCUUCUCAUAGCACAGCCUGCUGCCAUCUCUUCCCCAGGUAGCACCUGGUCAUCCCCAUAAUCUAACAGAAAACGUGAUUCAUCAAACCAGGUCACCGAGUUUUGACACUCAUAUGCCCAUCAGAACAACCUAGACGAGAACAGACCAUUCAGCCCAACGAAGCUUUCCAGUCCCAUCCACUUAUUCUUUCAGUUGUUCCCAUUUAGGGUUUCCACAGCGAAUCGUGCGUCUCCAUCUAUCCCUGUCUUACAUCUUUUUCUGCCCCACCAAUUGCCUACAUGUCCUCCUUCAUGACCUCCAUAAACCUCCACAUCGAGUGCCCUCAUGUACUCCAUCAUGACCUCCAUAAACCUCCUCUUUGGCCUUCCUCUUCCCCUCUUGCCUGGUAGUUCCAUCCUUAACAUUCUGUUUGUGAUGUACCACUCCUCUCUCCUCUGCACGUGCCCAAACCAUCUCCAUCUGGCCUCUCUCACCUUGUCACCAACUGUUAUACCCAUGUUAUCCCUCCAAUAUAUUCAUUCCUAAUUCUGUCUGUUCUUCAUCUGGUCAUAUUUUGAAAGUCCUACCAUCUACCACACUACUUGGUAGCUUACUCCAUGUGGUUGUCGCUCUCUGUGUGGAAAAAAAACUUCUUUAUGUUUGUGUGAAAUUAACCCUUAACAAGUGCCAUUGUAGUAGUAGUAGUAGUAAUAAUACAUUUGCUUUAUUUGGCACCUUUCCUAUGCCCAUUAUAGGCACUGUCAGUGGUGGACAGGGGUUAGCAUGGGAUGCUUCCAUCUCUCUUAAGAUCUUCUCAUUGUACAAAUUACACAGGACUGGAGAAAAGCCGCAUCCUAGUCUAUCUCACUUCUUAAUUGGAAGAAAAGUACCAGCCAUACGUUCAGUUCUGACUGCAGUAGGUUGACUCUAACCAUCAAGCCCUUCAAGCAAAUCCAUCGGGUCCUCAUGUUUCAUACUAUGGAAAACAUUUGUUUGUAUACUCAAUAAAACUG